UUCUACUGAAAAUUACAAUUAUUUUCAUUAAAUACUUUAGGUGCGAGAGAAAAUAGGACGUCCACGUUUGGAAGAGGACUAACAUGAGUUGCUAAAGACUAUUAUGGACAUUGCAUUAAUCGUUCGAUUAAAACUUUGACUCAGCUUCAGGACGAGAUGAUCAUAAUGGGCUAUCUUUUAUCGCGCAGUGCUACUUAUUUACGUCUCAUACCACGAGAUUCUCGAACGAGCGAUGGAAAACGUCACCUUGUUACUGAGCCGGUGAAAUUAUGUCGUGCGAAUACAAAUCACCAUAAAGAUCAUCCAGAUGGAAAGUUUUGCGUUGCGAGCAUUAGAUCUGUUGAAUCGCUUUUGUCACUUCUCGGACCAAAACAAGCGGCAUUGAUUUCGCAGGAUGACAAGGCUCGCGUUCCAAUUGGCGUUACGGCUCUCCAAAAACAAGGACCACUACUCAUGCAUGUAGAAUAUAAGAUCACACUUCCAGAUCAUGAUUGGGUAGUUGCCGAACGUCACAAGCUGAUUCCAGGCGUGUAUGCGGGCAUUGUCAUCCGCGAAGCCAAACUUGAUGGUUCACCAUCAAAUGUUUCAUACUCUGGACCAACAUAUGUAGCGAUUCGAAGCGGAAAACAUUCGUCAACAUCAGCUUCCAGUCAUGCUUUCGACCUCCGAAAACUAAUGGCUUUGCAAGAAUUCGAUGAUUUAUUGAAAGGUAAUUAG